UCAAGCAUCGCGUUUCGUAACAGGGACAGGUCAGAAGUCCGAUAUACUGGCCGCCCAAACAGUUGCCAACUGCAAUUACAUCGACAGUCCGAGUUUUAAAUGUGUCCUUUUAUGUCCUGAAAUGUGUUCUUCUCACGAGACUCGCCAAAUGUUUGAGGACACGUAGGAAAACCACCGUGAAAAGCCUCGCGAAAGUUAUGUAAAAGCAAGUGCACGUGAAUUUAUAGUUUUUCUUUUUUAACCAAACGAUUUUGAAAUGAUCGACGAACAGCACCCAAUGCAAAUUGGAAUGUUUCCGAUGGACAUAAAAUGUCAACAGCAGCAGCAACAGCAGCAGCAACAGCAGCAACAACAGCAGCAGCAACAACUGGGGGCAAGCCAGCCGCAAACUGGGGGGCCUCAAUCAACUGCUGUUGAACGGAAAUGAACGCAUGUUAACAACACCAGCAACAGCAACAGCAAUUGCGACAGCGGCAAGCGGACGAGGUGCGGUGGCAACAUCGAGUGGCAAAGCCGGUGGAGUAGCCCACAAUGACAAAAUGGCGUCAGUCAGCAGAAAUGUCAACGGAAGUUGCAACAACCACAACAGCAACAACAACAGCAACAGCAACAGUAGCAGCAACAUGAACAACAGCAACAUGGCCAUAAACAAGCAACAGCAACCGAUGGGCAUGGGCCAAAUGGCGGGGCAAGGACCUCUUUCAGGGACAGGACCUGGUCCUGGACCACCCACCACUCAUCCUUUAUGCAGCCGCAUCACCUUGGGCGAGUGCAGCCUCAAUGGAAUGGACGGCUUUGCCACACCGGCAGCACCUCCAUCGGCAUCCGGCACACCGCAAGUGCCUCAGGGAAUGGGCAACGGAAUGGGUUUGGAGUUGGGUUUGGGAAUGGGCAACCCACUCAGCCAGUGCGCCCACUGCUGCCAGCCCAUCUGCGAUCGGUACAUAAUGCGCGUGGUGGAGCACUCGUUCCACGAGGGAUGCCUCAAGUGCACCGCCUGCUCGCUGCACUUGGUGCACUCGUGCUACGCGAGGGAGGGCAAGCUCUACUGCCGCAUCGACUACGAGAGACUCUACAUCCGCAACCAUUGCCUUGGCUGUGGCCUCAAAAUCGCCGCCGAUGAGCUGGUGAUGCGAUGCCACGAGAACGUCUUCCACCUGAAGUGCUUCGCCUGUGUGGUUUGUGGAGCUCUUCUGAAGAAGGGGGAGCAGUACGUGGUCAAGCAGGGACAGCUCUUCUGCCGCUUCGACUACGAGAAGGAGGUGGAGAUGCUACAGGGAUACGAUUUCUAUGGCGAUGAGCUUUUUCCGCCCAAAUUGGACGGAAGACGUGGCCCAAAGCGACCGAGGACCAUUCUUAAUACCCAACAAAGACGAGCCUUCAAGGCAUCCUUCGAAGUUUCCCCGAAGCCAUGUCGCAAAGUUAGGGAAAAUCUGGCUAAGGAUACUGGCUUGAGUCUGAGGAUCGUGCAGGUUUGGUUCCAAAACCAGCGAGCGAAGGUCAAAAAGAUCCAGAAGAAGGCCAAACAGGAGCCGCCCAGCAAGGGAGCGAGUGACUCGCAGGACUCGCAGGAGUCCCUGGACAGCAGUUUGGCCACCAAGAUCAAGGACGAGGCGCACAGCGACAGCGAAUCGCAGAUGGAAUCGCCGUACUCGACGACCUCCGAAGGACUGACACGGAUGCGAUGCACCAUCAAGGACGAACAGGAGCAAGUGCCCUUCAACUGCAUGGAGACCAAUAAGGAGAACUGCAACAAGAACAGCGAACCCAUAUUGAACACCAUUCUGGGACUGAGUUAUGCCACAUUUCAGCAGCUAAUGGGACCCUUCGCCCAGACGCCCAUGAUCAAUCCGAUCGACCGACUAUAUAGCAUGCAGAGCUCCUACUUUCGACCCGAAGAGCUGCAGUCCUACGGCGAAUGUGGCGUCAAGGACUCCAUGGAUCACUAGUCUGGCCUUGCGAGGCCAUCGAAUUUUAAGCCCAAAUCAAAAUUAGACCUUGUAAAAUAAAAGAAUGUUAAUGUGCUAGCAA